CGAAGAGAUGCCUUUUACUAGCAAAGAGCAACAUAUGAGCACAGACAGAAUAACUAACGAUUCUAGCUCCCACUCUGCGCUACCUCCAUUCGAAUCGAAUCAACCGUUCCCACCUCUCUCGGCAGAUGAUCUAGCAAUCACUUCUCAAGAUGCGCCAGAUGCCAACUUUACGGAAGAUGAUCCAGACAUAAUGUCCCCGGAUGUUGAGGAGGGAGAUUACGAUGCGAACUUUCAAUCACAGUACUCAUUGGACGACCAAUUGUUCUCUGAUGCGUCCACGGACGAAUCGGACGGGCAAUCACCCGAAGACGAUGGCAUCGAGAUACAUCCAUUUCGCCAUUCUUCAAGUUCCCUUCACGGUCCCAAUGCAUUCGCUCCGCCUUUUUACAAUAGACCCCCGACGCCUCUGCCGCCCUCUCCUUCUCUGACCUCUCUUCUGCGACCUCCUUUCUCGACAACUACUUCCCGACCAACUACCCCUGACAGUUCUGAUGUCGAAACGCCGAACGAUACAGAAGCAGCGGUUGCGAAGUCAGCACGUCGCGCGACAACUGUUCCUCGAGCAAGUCCGAAGGUUCCCACGUAUGAGUAUUACGGCUUCGUUCUAUAUCUCGCCUCUUCGUUGGCAUUUUUACUAUACAUCCUCUGGUCCUAUCUUCCAAAACCCUUCUUACACCAGCUUGGAAUAACCUACUACCCGACUCGAUGGUGGUCACUAGCCAUCCCUGCGUGGCUCGUCAUGACCAUCGUCUACAUCUACAUUGCGCUUGCCUCUUAUAACACCGGUUACAUGACGCUGCCAAUGAACAGCGUUGAGAACAUCGUGGAUGAAGUGGCGAAUGUUGCUGUAAUAGAUGGUAAGGGUAGGAGACGACCUGGUGGUGCGGCCAAGAUGAAACCGGGUGCAACUUCAUACCAAAUUAUGGGCCCGCAGAAUAGGAAAGUCAACUGGAGGGAAAUCUGGAGCGAGGGCACUGAUGCCGUCUUGGAUGUUCCUGUGGGAGGGGUGUGCGAAGUUUUAUACGGCCAAGGGCGGGAUGACGAUGAGGUAUGUGAAGAAUAUGACUUCGUUCGUUGACGAAUUAAGCAUUGAACAGGAUAUAUAGCGAUUUUGAAUAGCGCAUUAAUCUUGAUACCCCUUGUUUAUUUGUGCCUCUGUGAUCGGAGGUUCUUAUUGCUUCAACGAGCUCGUAACACAUGUAGAGGGGGCUUUCAUUCGUAGGAGUAUGCAAUAUUGGAGACAUUCAAAAGUGUAGUAUCUUUGCAAUAGUAGCUGUACUUGAUCGUUUCCGACAUGUUCACUCAUUCCAAAAUAUAUAUCGGCAUGUUUGGAUCUCGACAGACAGUUAUAAACGGCAACCGAGUCGUUGCGAAGUGGUGACGAUAUAAUCAAUGCACCUGCUAUCG